AUGCGACGACGGCGGCAGCAGCAACAACAUCCACGACAUUAUGCGCGCUCUCAUGCCCCACCGGCUUUGUCGCACGGGCAGUUUCGACUGGCAUACCAGACCAGUCCGACUACGACUCUACGAGUAGCCGUAAAAGUACCGGCGACGGCGACAGCAGCGGCCAGCCACAUCCUCCUCCUUGCCUUCGCCUUCGUGACACGCAGUGACUGUCUCAAGAUCCGGAACAUCCCGGAUGAAUUCGAGGAGCUGCAGACGAGCGAGACCAGCCCGUAUUCUCGGUGGGAUGCAAAAGAGUUCAGGCAGACUCCCGUUGCGAUCGUUGGCGCGCACGAGUACAUCUUGUCGGAGAACAUCGGUAUCCUCGGCGAUCUUGCUGCUGGGAGGAAGCAGACGUUCGGUACGUUGUUUGCGCGGUCCCUGGCAUGGAUUGGCGGCAAGUUGCACUACGGACAUCCUGACUUCCUGAACGUGAUCUACAUGACGACCCGAGGUGGUGUGUCGAAGGCGCAGAAGGGCCUGCACCUGAACAAGGACAUCUACGCUGAGAAGAACGUGUUUGGUUGGGGAGGGAGGAUUAGGCACACGGAGUACUUCCAGUGUGGAAACGGGCGUGAUCUUGAGUUUGGAACUAUCCUCGACUGCCAGAGGAAUAUCGGCACGGGUAUGGGCGAGCAGAUGCUUAGUCGUGAGUACGAUUAUUUCGGCACGCCACUCGCGAUUGACCGUUUGCUGACGCUCUACUAUGGCCGACCGGGAUUCCACAUAAACAACAUGCUCGCUAUCUUAUCUGUGCAGGUUUUCAUUGUCACUUUGGUCUUUGUCGCAACUUUGACAUCGAGCAUCACGAUCUGGAAAUACACGUCCUCGGGACAGUUCAUCUCUGGUCACGCUGGAUGCUACAACUUGGCGAACGUCUCGUCGUGGAUCCACCGGAGUAUCAUCAGUAUCUUCUUUGUCUUCAUCCGAGGCUUCUAUUUCUUUUGCGCCGACCUUCCUGGCGGUCUACCAUUGUGCAUAUGGGCUGCUCCCUAGUUUGAGGACGCAGUCGCAAGUGUUGUUGUCCCAGAUUAGUCGGAUGUGUGAUCCCAAACGGCACCCUCGAGCCAUCUGGGUACAAGAGGCCGACCAAAAGACCGCCUUCUUGGUGCUCGCGUUUGGAUUUGCCCAAUCGAGAGAGUUCUGUGGCAUUGGCGGGGACGAUCCGAUGUGUGUGACCGUGACAAAGGUGUAUGUUUGCAUACGUAUUUUGGACGCGGCAAAGAGGAUCUCGUUGAACGUACGGAAUACAUGGAUUGUAGGCUAAAUCAAAGGGAAAUGGCAUCCUCUGCGAUUACUACUCCACUCCCCAUCACUGACGAGCGGGACAGACUCGGCAGGACUGUCCUCGGGAGGAAGCCGAUUCUGUAUCUCUCCCCGGAUCCGUUGAGCAUGUUUCCAGUGUGAUUCCUGCUGGUCAUCCGUCUGCACCUCCAUCAGAGCCACGUACACGACGCGCAAUGCAUCCAAAUCGGUCAUCCACCCGGCCCAGAAAAGCACCGAGUCAAGCCCAUUCUCAUCCGCAAGACAGUUAUUUGGAUAUUUGCGGAUGAAUGCAGCGGCAGCGUCGGCGAAUCGGCGUUGCAGUCCAGUCGGGAUCGCCGAAAAAAUGGGCAAUUCUGUGUAGCGUUUCACCAAUCCGAGUGUUGCAAAAUCCUGGUCGCGUUCUGUUUGAUCCGGACUCUGGGUGGUGCACUGCUCGAGGAAAGUCGUCCAAACACCCACACGGACACAGUCGUAAAAUUGCUGCCCCGAUACCCGCUCCGUGCGUUCAUCGUUGUCAAGGCCGAACACGGAGCGGAACCACUCCUCGUCAUCGAAGAUACUUGGCAAUCGCUCCCAUUCCGACGAAUCCUCCUUGCAGCUUUUGAGCACGACGGACUGGACGAUGGCUGCUAAACGGUGCAUGCAGAGGUUGGUUGCUUUUGUCUGCAGUCUGCGGAGGACCAGAAGAUGGGUCUCCAAGUCUGUUGGUGGCUCAUCGGACUGGAGCAAUUUCCGAUAAAUCAGCUGGAGGGCGUCGACACAUUCCUGGGGAUUUGAUCGGAACACCAAGUUGUCGCAUAGCAUGUGGCACAGGAAUCGGGUGUAAUGAUGCUUUGAGUCGAAUUCCGGCUCGGUGGCGGCGAGGGACGGAUGGCGGACAAGGAGUGGCCCAAGCCGCAACACUGACGGAUACGGAUAUUUUGAUAUCUGGGCAAACGGGGCGAUCAUCUGCCGAGCAGCAAAGACCACGUUGUCCGCUGUCUCCUCCGCUGUCUUCUCCAACGCUGAAUCGAUCAGCUCGUGGAGAGCGUUGAGCAGAGUUUUGUAGCCAUCCACUUCCGUGAAGCGCAUUUGUGACCGAUAAAAGAGUGAAAUGGUCACGUCCCGUUGGAAGCUGGCAGUGCGUUUGGAAUGUGCCUGCAAAUAAUCCGUGUACGUCCGAUGGAUGUCUGCGUGCCGUUGCCUUUCCGCCUCGGCGUCAGAGUUGCUCCGCUGUGUGAAAGCUUCAUCCCGGCUCCGAGACUCGACGACGUUCAGGCGGAUCAAAGCUGACACGGCAGGGACCAUGUUCUGCACGUCGGGAGAAGCAUGAAGCUUGGAGCCAAGCAACGCGUUGCGCACGUUGGCUUCUCCAAUCGGACUUUGUAGAGGCGACCCGGUGUGCAGAGAGAACGCGCAAAUGGCCCAGAUGGCCCGGAGUACUGAGAGCUGGCGGCGGACGCGGUCCUUUUCCUCGAGCAGAUUGCUGUUGGAGCCUGCCAUGAAAUCAGCCAGACGCUGGCAGAGAUGGACUUCCGGAUCACGCAACAGCGACUGGAACAGUGCCUGAUACACGCGACGAGGCUUGUCUUGAUCGAAAUCCUACAGCGUCUGGGGGAGCCCCUCGACAGGUUUUUCGAGCUCCUCAUCGUCAGAGAGAGACCGGACGGUCCAUGCGAGUGCGUGCGUCUCUAUCUUGACAGGAGGAUUCAGUGCUUCUGAUUUGAUGGCGUCCAUCAUGCUUUGCGACUCCGGACGGGUGUCUGCCGCGGCUGCAGCACGCUCGGCGGAGGCAUCGGGGCUCGUCGCAGGAGAUUGGGCGGCUUUCUCGGGGUCUGUCACAGGAACUCUGGUUUGAGGUAUGGCCUUGCAAACAGCCGCUGCCCUUCGAAUGUAAGCCCUCAGCGUGCUUCCCCAGAUGUGAUUCAGCGACCAGAGGAUCCGUGUGAGUGGCGUCUGGUACGGACAGUCGAGGAAGAACAACGGAAGAGCGGUGAAAGUUCCGUAGACCGAGACAAACAGGAACAGCAGAGCAGAGGUGAUUCCCACGAUGAUGGUGUUGAUGGGCACCAGGAAGGCAACGAGACCCGCAAAGAACAGCAGUAGUGAAGCAUGCAGCAGAAGCGGCGGUACGCCAACAACGGCAUGCAUAUUGAAGUGUUGUAAGCCAUGAAAGAGAUACAUAUACACGCGCGCGCGGACAGAGGGAGACGAGAACAUCGAUGUCCGGUGCUGGUACUCCUGCGCCCAUUGCUUGAC